GAGAGAGAGAGAGAGAGAGAGAGAGAGAGAGAGAGAGAGAGAGAGAGCACUAGCACCAGUUCAGCGGCAGGCUCGACACAUCAGUGUGCUCGACUCUCUUGCUGUGUCUCGGAGCUCCAGUACACACGAUCCGACUCCGACAGCAAGGUUUAAAGCGACUCGGAUCUCAGUGCGCCUGCAAACGCGACUCCGCUUUUUCUUUUUUUUCCAGCUGUCUUGAAUGUUACACUGAAAAUGGCGAUCUGCACUCAGUCCUCGGGUCUCUUCUGGCUCUUCUCUGUGCACACGGUGUUGAUUUUCUGUGUGUCCUGGCCCGGAACGGAGACGCUCCGCUUCCCGCAGCACUACACGAUGAUGCACUGGGCGAGCUGUAUAGAGAAGGAACUGGACAAAGUUCUUCCACAGGUCACAGGAGUCCACCAGUUGAGAACAAUUUACAACGAGAAGAGAAGUCAGUUUGAUGUGAAGAGGAACUCGCCCAAGGACCUGGUGGACAGAGUGGCCAAAGACAUCGCCAAGCUGCUCAACAGCAAACGCAAAGCGCUCGAGAGGCUGGCCAGAGAGGCGGAGCAGAUCCAGACUUUGCACCCCUGGCGAGACAACAUUACAGAGAGCGCAAUAGAGUACUACGACUCCAAGGCUGAAUCUGAUUACUCCGAUUACAACUAUGAAGAUAACCAGUCGGAUAAACUGAAGUCCAUUUCACUGGAGUUUGUGGACGACCCCAAUUUCAAAAACAAAGUCAACUAUUCCUACACUGCGGUACAGAUCCCCACUGACAUCUACAAAGGCUCUCCCACCAUUUUAAACGAGCUGAACUGGACGCAGGCGUUGGAGAGGGUGUUUAUAGAUAACAGCAGAGAAGACCCCUCACUACGUUGGCAGGUCUUCGGAAGUGCCACCGGUGUUACUAGAUACUACCCAGCUACCCCAUGGAGAGCACCAAACAAGAUUGACCUGUACGACGUGAGGAGACGGCCUUGGUACAUUCAGGGCGCCUCUUCUCCUAAAGAUAUGGUCAUCAUUGUGGAUGUGAGCGGCAGCGUAAGUGGACUGACUUUGAAGCUGAUGAAGACCUCUGUGAUUGAGAUGCUGGACACACUGUCUGAUGAUGAUUAUGUAAAUGUAGCACAGUUUAAUGAAAAGGCAGACCUCCUGGUCACGUGCUUUAAAACGCUGGUCCAAGCGAACGUGAAAAACAAAAAGAUCUUCAAAGACAAGGUGAUGAAAAUGGACGCGAAGGGGACGACGGACUACAAAUCUGGCUUCCAGUUCGCCUUCGAGCAGCUGCUGAAUGAGACCAACGCUCCAAGGGCAAACUGCAAUAAGAUGAUAAUGAUGUUCACUGACGGAGGAGAGGAUCGAGCUCAAGAGGUCUUCGAGAAGUACAACUGGCCCAAUAAAACAGUUCGGGUUUUUACCUUCUCUGUGGGGCAGCAUAACUACGAUGUCACACCAUUGCAAUGGAUUGCCUGUGCCAACAAAGGAUACUACUUUGAGAUCCCAUCCAUCGGAGCAAUCCGAAUCAACACACAGGAGUAUCUAGAUGUUCUGGGAAGGCCAAUGGUGUUAGCAGGCAACCGGGCUAAGCAAGUUCAGUGGACCAACGUUUACCAGGAUGCUCUAGGCUUGGGUUUGGUCAUUACUGGGACAAUGCCGGUCUUCAAUCUUUCUACUGAUGGGGACUCAAAGAAUCAGCUUAUUCUGGGAGUCAUGGGUGUAGACGUAGCACUUAAUGAAAUUAAGCAGCUCACACCACGGUAUAAACUUGGUGCCAAUGGUUACGCCUUUGCCAUAGACCCCAAUGGCUAUGUUCUGCUGCACCCAAACCUACAACCGAAGAUCAUUAAUUUCAGAGAACCAGUUACACUUGACUUCCUGGAUGCAGAGCUGCCAGACAGCAACAAGGAGGAGAUCCGUCGACAGAUGAUUGAUGGCAAGUCAGGUCAGAAGAAAAUCAAGACAUUAGUUAAAUCUGUUGACAAGCGAUAUGUUGACCAGGUUACGAGGACUUACACAUGGGCACCAGUAGAUGGCACAGACUACAGUCUGGGUUUGGUGCUGCCCACAUACAGCGAGAACCACAUCCGUGCCAACCUCAGCGAUCAGAUCCUGCAAGUCCAGUUAAAAGACACCACGGAUUUUGAAUCUCUGCUGCCACACACUUUUGAGUCAGAGGGACAUGUGUUGAUAGCCCCAAGGGAAUACUGCAAAGAGCUGGAGCUUUCUAGCAACAACACAGAGUUCCUGCACAACUUCAUUGCUCUGAUGGAGAAAGUAACUCCAGACUCCAAACAAUGUGAUAACUUCCUGCUGCAUAACCUGAUCCUGGACACGGGCAUUAUCAGACAGCUCGUGGAGAAAGUGUGGAAAACCAAGGACCUCAACACGCAUGGAUUUUUGGCCGUUUUUGCAGCUACAGACGGAGGCAUCACUCGUAUUUUUCCCAAUAAAGCUGCUGAGACAUGGGAGGAGGAUCCAGAGCCGUUUAAUGCCAGUUAUUAUCGCCGCAGUCUGGACAACAGGGGCUACAUCUUUAGAGCACCCUAUCGUAGCCCAAAUGCAAUCUUCCAGGAUCAAGAGAAUGAUACAGUUGGCAUCCUGGUCAGUACAGCAGUGGACAUUACAGUGGGGUCUAGAAACAUCAAGCCAGCUGUUGUGGGUGUAAAGUUGGACCUUGAGGUUUGGACUUCGAAGUUUAAGUUCCUUGCCAGCAAUCACACUGAUAACACUCGACAGAGCUCUCAAAUGUGUGGACAAACCAGUGACUGUGAGAUGGACUGUGAGGCCCAUGAGGACUUGCUGUGCUACCUGAUCGAUGAUGGUGGCUUCCUCAUCUUGUCCAAUCAGAUUCAAGACUGGAGCAAGAUCGGCAUGUUCUUCAGCGAGGUGGACCCAGCUCUGAUGUAUCUGCUCUACAACAACUCCUUCUACAAUUACAUGGAGUCUUAUGAUUACCAGUCUGUGUGUGGACCUGUGCCUAACAGUAACACAGGGGCAGCACCUAGAGGAGUUUUUGUGCCCACCAUUGCCGACCUGGUAAACGUUGCCUGGUGGACCUCAGCUGCUGCAUGGUCUCUGUUUCAGCAGUUACUUUAUGGUUUUGCCUACCAUAGCUGGUUCAUUACAGAUGAAGCUGAUGCAGCAGAGGGCAUGGACCCGAGAGAAACUAGCUGUGUCACAGUACAGAAGCAGUUCUACUUCGGGAACAUCAGCAGUAGCUACAGCAUAGUUCAAGACUGUGAGAACUGCUCCAGGUUGAUCCAUGCCAAGAGAUUAAACAACACCAACUUGCUGUUUGUGGUGGCGGAGAAGCUGCCCUGCAACACAUGUAGUUUAGAGAAACUGUCUCAGGGGGAGAGAGAAUUAAAACAAGACCCAUGUCUGGAUGUCCAACCACCUCGGUAUAGAAAAGGACCCUCUACUUGUUUUGAUUACAACAUUGCAGAGAACACUACAGAUUGUGGGCGAGGACACUCUUUCCGCCCGUCCAUCCAAACUUUACUCAUCCUCCAGCUCCUUCUCCUGGCACUAAUGGCCUGCCCUCAAGUUCUGCCUUUCUCUCUUUAACUCCCUCCACUGCCCAUCUCCCAACUCCUUGCCCUAAUUCUCAUAUUUCUCCCUUCCCUUCCCUUGCUCUAGUCAUAGGAAUUAAAGGGACUUCCUGAUGCCCCCAUAUGGAAGCCCGGCAUACUGCAUCAUCCACUUUGCUUCACAGGUUGCUGCUUAAUGACCGGUGCAGAACUUGUCAAUCAGCAGCUUUUCCGGCAGGAGCCUGACGUUUCCUUAAGGGGGAAGCAGCAUAAGAAGUCAAAAUGUUGAAAUUUAAGAAGUAUACAGGCCACGCAAGGAGAAAAGCAUCCAUCUAGAACCGUCUAACAAAAUAGAAGUAACGUUGAAGAAAUUGGAAAUCCCUUCCCCAGUUCCCGGUGGUACAGCCUGCCUUUACAGAUGUUUGUGUAGGAAAUGCAUUUUAUCAGACGCUCUUCUUUACAGUUUAAGCCAUCCUCUUCACUUCUCCUCUUCAUCCUUUGACUCGAAUUGCCUAAUUUGACACGGGGCUACAGAACUUUCUGCCAUUUUCUAGCAAUCAGUAAAAUGAUCACAAAACUUACGUUCAAUUAAAACAAAACAAAAAAAACAACAACAGUAAGAACCUGUGAGUAUUUAAAACAUACCUCCAUAUGUUAGGAUAUAACCAGAGCAGAAAGAGGAUAGAUAUAACUUAUUUUAAUCAUUUCUCAUUUGUUUAUAUAUGCACUAGAUCUAAUUCUUGCCAAAAUGAGAUAGACUUGUGAUGUGGUCUUAUUUUCCUAGCCAAAUAAAGAGGAAGAGAAAAAAAAGGGGGGGGAAUGCCUUGCAGAAAGAAAGCAAGACCUCGUAGGCCUGGAUUUCAUUUCGUCUCUUUUUUUCUUUCAUUAGUCAUAAGGGCUUCAGUACGUAUAUCAUUUUGUUCGUCAUUUCAGAAUACAAAGUGAAGCUAAGAAAUGGUUUUAAUCAAAUAUGGGACUUGACUUUAAGUGUCGUGGUGACUAUCCAGUGUUUGGAAACGAUUGGGGACUUGCAGCUUGAUCUCUGCCAUCAUCAGUUGUGCAUUCUGUGUAGUCGGUGUGUGUGUGUGUGUGUGUGUGUGUGUGUGUGUGUGUGUGUGUGUGUGUGUGUGUGUGUGUGUUUACAGGGUAGCCAUUUUACACCAAUGUGUUUUCAACAGUCGCUGUUUCAGCAGACUGGUUUGACCUGGCUAACAAUCUGUUAGUGAACAUUAAAACAGUAAAUAUAUUGUUUGCUUUUCAAGGUUAUUCUUAUCAUUUAGAGGGAAAAUAUUUAUGGCUCAAGCUUGUAGUGGAGACUCAGACAUCAGUUUUUUGUUUUUUUUUAUUUUAUUUAUUGUUGUAUUGAUCUAAUGAAAAUCUUGAGGGCCCGUCUCCUCCAAUAUUGUUUUUUUUUUUUUUCUCUGUGUUGUGCCUUGAUGCACAUCUGUAUCUUUACAGAGUAGAUGCUCCACUUUAUAAAGGUAGGGAAUCUUCUCAUGCUGGCACGUAGAGUGAUUAUUGACUGUACAGCUACAACAUGUACAAUAUAUAGAUCACCUCAAACAGAGACCUCACUGAUUUUUAAGUAUAUGCAUUUAUAUUAUUAGUAUAUGAAUUGCCAUAGCUUUGAGCUUAAACUUGAAGUAGACUGCUGUCAUGAUGAUGCGCUUCUGCCUGUGCAGGCGUUUUACUUUCACCCUAGCUUUAGUUCUUCAACACCUUUACUUAUGUAUAAAAUGACAGUUUGUAAGUCUUAGUACUUUAAAAAAAAAAAAAAAAAAAAAAAAAGGUAAAAUAUCUCUUGAUCAAAUAAUCAUGGUCUGGUUUCCAUUUCUUUAGAUGUUUCCACAGAAGCAGCCGAUAUUAUUCUAGUGAACACUAACAAAUCUGAUCACUGCUUAAUACACUGUGGAGUCCGCUCUAUAAGUGAAUGUUUAGAAUUAAAUAGUUGAGUAUCUCCUUUCUCUCUCUCUCUCUCUCUCUCUCUCUCUCUCUCUCUCUCUCUCUCUCUCUCUCUCUCUCCCCAUUCUUUUUAUUCAGCUAUGAAUAUUCAGUAUGUAGGGCGGGCAAUUUGGUGAUUCUCCAUCACCAGGUCAUAAAGCUCUUUGCAUAUGUGUAUGUGUAAGCGUGCGUCUGGACCCGUGUAUGUGUCGUCACGUCGUCUGCUACCAAGGCACCCAGUUUAUCCAGGAUGUGUUUGAACAGGUGUCAGAAUGAAAAAACGGUGAUUUAAUUAUUACAGCGUCUAAGGUGUAUUGCCAAAAAAAAAAAAAAAAGAGUAAUCUCUCCCAUUUUCCAUGUGUUUGUCUCCAAGUCAGUUCUUAAAGCUUGGUCACAUUUACCUUUGGUUUGGGCUGUUCUGCUCUCUUCCCACCCAUCUCUUUAUACAUCUGUCUGCCUGGAGUCACAGUAGCUGAAGAAAGCAUGUGCUUGAUUAAAAGCAUACUCAUAAACUACCCCCAAGGCCCCCCCCCAAACCCCGUGCCUGCAUUCACAGUGCGUAAUGAGCGAUGUAAUUGACUGUUACAUGAACAGCAUAAACUCAUAAAAUAACAGAUUUUUUUUAAUUGGUUUGUAAUUGCUUCUUCUUUUAAAUAUCAGCCUUCCAUCACCACCAGUGCUAAACAAUCGUAGCGCCACACAGAGCGUUUGGUGUAAAGGUCAGUUAUUAAUCGUUAUUAAUAGUUAAGGAGCGUGCAUAAACACAGGCCGUACCCUAAUAGCUAUGUGUCCUUUCACUAUUCGUAUACCGUUAUGACCUGAUCCCACAUCGAUAUUAGACGCACAGCACUCGCUCCUCUAACUAAAAGAUACCAAACUCUCCCAUUUACACAUGAACACAUGCACAGGGAAAUAUAUGCUUAUACAUGAUAAUAAUCUGAUAAGUCUAGAAGAGUUAAUGCCUUAUUCUUUGUCCUGUUGUGAAACACAUCCAAACUUUGCCUCUUUGAUUCGUUUUACAGAAAAGAAAAAAAAGAACUUACUCUUGUCCUAAUAUUGAAAAAAAAUAUAUAUAUAUAUAUAUGUCAAAGCUGCCUACAAGAUGCUCAGACAUUUUGGCUAGACACUGAAAUUAAACUGUGAGUGUGCGUCUGUGUCACUAUUCCACAUACACUGGAACAGAGGUUUGUGUUAUUCAGUGGUUUAAAAAAAAUUUUUUUUUGCCAAAAAUGGUGUUUAAAAAAAGAUAAAAGGAAGAGGUAGCCUGGAGGGGAGAUGUCUGUCCCAUGAUCCACCUUUAAGGGGAGGGUCUUUUUUUGUCAGGGCUGCUCCCUCAGCCUUUCCUCUCCUUUAACAACAGAGUAGGUGUGCUUCAGUGGGAGAGCCGCGUGUGUAUGUGACUCUGUAGUCCUUAGUCUGGUGCUCUGUGACAAAUGUGUGAAAAAAAAUAAAAUAAAGAAAUAAAAGAAAAAAGAAGUAAUCCGUCAAAGGUGAAACUGAAUUUAACAUUUAAGUGAGGUUUAAAAAAAUAAAUAAAUAUAGGAACACAGUACUGCUGAUAAUCAUGAGUUUGAGGUCUGACAUCACAGUGGGAGUUUCUUCAGUUUGUUUGUUGGAUUGUGUGUGUGUGUGCGUGUGCGUGUGUGUGUGUGUGUGUGUGUGUGGAGCUAACAUCACUGGCUCUUUGGACACUGGUCUAUGUUGCUCCAUUUUUUUGUACAGAAGAAAAAAAAAAGAUAAGGGAAACAUUUGUAAAAUAUUGUGUCUGUGACUCCUUGUAAAAUAUUUUCAAAUUGUUUAUUACAGAGAAUCGGUUAUUAAAUAAUGUUCAUAUUUUUCACUUCA